AUGGACAUGGACAUGGGACACAUGCACGGCGCAGCCGGCAUCGACUCCGGCCUGAACCAUGCAUUUGCGCGCGACUACUGGUACAUUGCCGCCGGCAUCGUCGGCCUUCUCGUGGCCGUCCGGGCCGUCAACCACUACGGCGCCGUCCAGAGGCGAAAAGCAUGCACCGAUCCAUCCAUCACUCACGCCACCUGCUCCCGACCCGGCGGCCGGCUCGGCCAAGCAUGGGCCACGGCAACGGCCCUCAUCCGCGAAACGGGCCAUCCGCAGCUUCUCGUCACGACUCGGGGCCUCGCAUGGGCCACGCCUCCGCCGCUGGGCCGCGUCCUCGUCCUGCUCGGCUACUGGGCCGUCAUCGCCUACAUGAUGAGCAGCGAAGCCAUCCUCGACGACGCCUACUACUGGGAGCGCAUCGGCUACCGCAACGCCUGGGUCUCGCUUAUGCAGCUGCCCGCGCUCUACCUGCUGGCCAUGAAGUGCAACCCGGUCGGCUGGCUCAUCGGCGCCGGCCAUGAGCGCCUCAACUGGCUGCACCGCUGGGUCGCCCGGACCAUGCUCGUCACCGCGACGGUCCACGGCUUUCACUUCUGGACCGAGUGGGCUCUUGCCGACUUUGUUGCCUACGAGCUGGCCAUCAUGCCCCUGGUCAAGUACGGCCUCGCCGCCUGGGCCGUGCUGCUGUGGUCCGUCGUCGUCGGCUUUGUCCCCGUCCGCCGCUUGGCCUACGAGGUCUGGCUGCUGCAGCACGUUCUCUCGGCAGCCGUCAUGCUGUGGCUGCUGCACAGGCAUAUCCCGGCCAACGCCCGAUAUCUGCUCUUCAUGGCCAUUUCCUUCUUGAUCUUUGACCGCGUCGCCAGAUGUGCCUCCAUCCCAUACUCUUCGUCUUCCCGGAGCGCGAUACGUUUCGGCCACGAGAUGUCGAUGCGAGCCGUGGGAGGCACUACAACGAUCCUGACCAUCCGGGGCACACGCUUCAAGUGGCACGCCGGCCAGCACGUCUAUCUCUGGGUUCCGCGACUCGGCCCGCUGGAGGCGCACCCCUACACCAUUGCCUGCGCGCACGAGCUCAGCAGCUCUCCCGCAGGCUGCAAUAGCAUCCAGCUCAUUGUCCGGGCCCACGGAGGGUUCUCAAAAAGAAUCCAUGCCCGUGCCUCCCGGCACCCGGAGAAGACGUUUACGGCCUUUCUCUCCGGCCCAUUUGGCGUGCCGCCCCAGUGGGACACGUACGAGACGCUCGUCCUCAUCAGCGCGUCGACCGGGGCGAGCUUCACGAUCCCCAUGCUCGAGGCUGCGGCCGCAUCGUCCCGCCGAACAUGCGUGCGGAGGAUCGAAGUGGCCCUGAUUGCGAGGAUGGCCGGCGAGAUCGAGUUUUACGUGCGCCGGGCCAUGGACGCGGCAAAGCUGGCUCGCGACAGGGGCAUCGACGUGCGGCUACACGUCGCCAUCACGGGCAGCGGCCCCGAGGGAGAUGCAGGUGUGCCGCUGGUCCAGCUCCGGCGCAACAAGAGGGACUCCCCAGACGUUGAGAAGGCCGGCCGCGCACCGGGGCCGUCGGACGGGCUUUACGGCCGCCGAAGCAGCAGCAUCAGCAGCGUCGACAGCAACGCCUGCUUGGGGGACUCGCGCGAGAACGCCUCGGGCGUCGGGUUCCGGCAAUACGCGGCGAGGCCUGACCUAGAAACCCUGAUUCGUGAGCCCGUGGAGCAGGCCUGGGGCGAGACGGGCGUCAUCGUUUGCGGAGGCCGCGAGUUGGCUGCGAGCACGCGCAACUGCGUCAGCCGGCUGAGCGACGAGCGGGCGGUGCACAAGGGCACGGGGGCGCAGGGCAUCUCUCUUUACGUAGAAGAGUAUGCCUUGUGA